CUAGCGUCCAGUCCGUGUUUUUCGCAGUCUGAUACGUUUUCCCCUUCCCUUGGACUGAAAAUUUUCAAUCUUGUGGGUGGAGCGUGAGGUGAAGAUUUUUUUUUCGCUUUAGUCAGGUCUUUGUUCUGGUACAUAUCGAAGGAUAAUUACAAUAGUGUUUUUCACUAUCCCGUCGCAAUAUCAGAUGGGUGUGGGAUCAAGAAAAAUGUCUAUCCCAUCGCUGUGAAGUGUGAAGCAUGCAUUCCAUUAUCGGAGGAUUUUCUUUAAUGCGAAAUAGCGAGCUAAUGUCGUAAUCGAUAGAAGAAGAAGUAAAUUGCGGCGUAAUCGAUUAGUGCGAUUGUUAAAAGGAAAUUUUUCAGUGCCGGAGCUGCAAGGAAAUUUGAAUUUUCACUUCCACCCUCCAGGUUCUUACGUUCAGAGGUGUUGCGUGCAAAGUUGAUUUUCUUGGCAUCGCGUGAAAACCAGAAAACAAGCUAUUUGAUGCUCGAAGUGCGGAGGAAGUUUUAACAGACCUAGUGGCGUUCUGACGUAAGGUCUGUAAAAGCAAUAAAGGAAGAUAAUCGGUUUCGGUGAGUUUUUGUUGUUGUAGUUACGAAUAUGGUUGCAUAAAUUUCGAACCACGGUUAAAAAAUUGGCACUGCGUGGGUGGAAGGCGUUUGUGCUAAGAGUGCAUAUAUUAAGGUGGAAAGGGGCCACGCUAACACUUUGAUAAGUGGGUGAAGGAUAAACGUUAGCAGGCAGAAGAUUAGUGAAACAUGAGUGAGUGAUUAAUGUUCUGUUUUAGGUAUUCGAAUAAGCUGCUGAGGUUAUCACUGAAAAUACGACCGGGAAACCAUCAACGGAAAACGAAAAAUAAAAGUGAAACACAAAUAAAUGAGAUUCAACAUUUUUCCAUAUUUGUGGAUGGGUGUUUAAAUAAAUAUGCACAGGAAUUAGAUAUCCAGUUUCUGCCUACGAUCCAAUUACCAACCUAGAAACGGGGUCGAGCUCUUACCGUUUGCGUGUGUGUAAGUAGGAAAAGCUGUGCCGUUGUGUAUUUGAACAAGUUCGUCGCGUGUGUGGCACGCUAUCACCAUGGAUCAACAUCCGCUUCUACUAGCGAGCGAAAACAUCCACGACAGCGGCAUCAUCGAGGAUGCCCAUCAGGAAUCGGAGGACACUGGAAAUGAGGAGUACGGUGACGAGAGCAAUUUGGAGUCCAAUUUGCGUCGCCGAAAGGGAAAAAUCAUCUCGUGCGUUGAAAAUGCAUCCAGAUUAAUCCGCCGGCGAGUGCCUUGUGCAGGACAUCUGAUGACACCACGACGACUGUGGCUGAACAAAAUUCCCACGCAGUGUGAUGUGGUGAUAGAGUUUCCAGAGGAUGCACCAGACGAAGCUCUAAGAUGGCUGUUAAAUAAGAUUAAGGCAACCCCACCAGAAGGCUUAGGUUUAUCGGCACUGGUGAGAGCACAUGACAGUACAAAACGAACCGCUUUUUAUGUCGCAGCUCCGAUGAAUGUGUUGUUCAAAGCAGCAGAGGAAGCACGUCUACCGAAGCGACUUCGAACGGACCUCGGAGGGGCACUGAAGGAGUUUACCAAACGGGAAAGUCACUGUUUUGCCCAAACAAAAGACAGUGAUGGUGCAAACACGUUGUUCACAUCCCAGGAGCGACAAUGGCUUGUACUACAGGUACUGCAAGGACUGAGAGCCGGAGCUUCAGAUCUAAAAGCACUACAAGGAAGGGCACAGGUCGAGGAAGGUCAGAGCAUAGUGGCUGCCUGGCAGGAGCUGGGUCUGAUAACACAAGUGUUUCCUCUACACGAAACAAGCGCCUUACAACAGUUGCAGUCCAGUUGGGUCCGGAAGUUUUUUGCACCACAGCCGUUAGAUGAUAUUGCGGCAUACUUUGGAGUGAAAGUUGCUUUAUAUUUUGCCUGGUUGGGCCAUUACACGUGCGCUCUGUGUGUUCCCGCUGUCCUGGGGACGAUUCUAUAUGUUGGCCUGUGGGGACGCGGCCAGACGGCACAGGAUAUUGGUCAUGUUAUUUUCUCCUUGUUCAACGUGGCGUGGGCGUCUCUGUAUCUGGAGGCCUGGAGACGCUAUUCAGUCGAACUGGCCUUCCGAUGGGGUACGCUUUCAACGCCACCGGAGCUACUGGAGCCACCAAGACCACUGUAUAAAGGUCCGUUGGAAGUAAGCACAGUAACAGGGCGACUAGAGCCUCGGGAAGCUCCAGCCUGGCAGCGACGUGCGUUUCGGUACCUAGUUAGUUUUCCAAUUAUUGGACUCUGCUUAGUGCUAGUAUUUGUAGUGAUGUUCCUAAUGUUACGACUUCAGGAUUGGCUCGAUCAGCACUUACCAAAUUCCAACGAUGGCCUCUGGGAUUGCAUGUGCAUGGCGUCGAAGGACUGGUGGGACGAGAAACUCCCCGAGCAGGGCAUAUUCAGUUGUUUGAGUGUGAUACCAAAGGUCCUCCUGGCCGGCGCCAUUACGCUGAUGGACGAAGCGUACUACAAACUAGCCGUCUGGCUGAACGACAGAGAGAGUUAUCGGCUUCAAUCCAAGUACGAGAACCACCUAAUCGCCAAAGUGGCACUGUUUCAGUUCGUCAACAGCUUUCUGUCGUUGUUCUACAUUGCGUUCUAUCUGCGCGAUCAAGAUAAGCUAAAGGAGCAACUGGCUGGUUUGCUCAUAUCGAGACAAAUUAUCGGUAAUCUACGUGAGUCAGCUUGGCCAUAUCUGGUGGAACAGUGGAAGCUGGCCAAGUUGAGUUUUAAAAUGUGGGGUGCCCUCAGUCCUACUCAAGAAGUUCCGCCAUCCAGUGAGAGUAAGCAGUUGGGAGAUAGCAAGAGUUCUUCGGAUUGCACUACAUCGACACCAAAACGAUCAAUCAAUCAGGCAGAAAUCGAGAGCUCUCUGUACAAGUAUGAUGGAACAUUUUCCGAUCACCUGGAAAUGUUAGUUCAGAUGGGAUAUGUUGUAUUGUUCUCUUCAGCGUUUCCCCUAGCUGGACUGUGCGCUUUGGCCAACAAUUUGUUGGAAAUCAGAUCCGAUGCCUUCAAGCUAGCUCAUGUACAUCAGAGGCCAUUUGGGCAACGAGUUGCUAAUAUCGGCACGUGGCAAAAUGCCCUGGGAAUGCUAGGUUUGGCAGCUGUGAUAGUGAAUUGUGCUCUUAUUGGCCUAUCCGGUCAAGUUUCGCGCCUUUGGCCUGGAUUAACUUCAACACAAACCGUAAUAUUGAUAGUUGCCCUUGAGCAUGUAAUGUUAGGACUACGGUCAGCCUUGACCUGGAUACUACCAGAACUUCCAUCCUGGCUAGCUGCCGAGAUUGCUCGAGCAGAGCACUGUCGCCGGGAAAUGCAAUGUAAAGGGCCAUCGCCGCGGCAGACGCCACCGUCUCCACCGUCGUCGACGUCGCUCUCCCAUCACGACCAAGACUUCAACAGCAAUCAGGAUAUCUUCGAUAAAACCGAACAGUCCGUUGGCAGUCUCGAUAAUCAGGAAAACGAUUUAGAACGGGUCACUCUAACGAACGUUGCGGCGAAACUGGACAACUUGACCAGUCAACAGAAACAUCAACAACAGCAUCAAUCCCACCCACAAACACAGCACCAGCAACAUCACCACAAAGAAUUACUGAGCAGCAAUGAUAACAUCGACAUCUUUGCCACCGAAACCAGAGAGGUCACACCGGACUCACCGAUUUCACAGACCAGCACAGUAUUAUUACGACCUCUCCAAGAUUCUCCCCUUAGUGGUCAAUCAGCACAAACUGUUGCAUUAGAAUCUUCACAGUCGAACUCAGGUGCAUGUCCAAAGCAGCCAAGCAUUAAGCUCUCUGAUAUUCCGCCAUUCCGUGGACAGUCGAUGAAGCACAGUUAUAGUAUAUACGAUAAACGAAGCAUCAAUCUUGGUGAAACCAUGAGUCCGCGGAUAUCCUCGCAGCCAAUUCAAAUCCCAGAGAUUCCUCCUUUUCGCAAGCAAGCACAUUCUACUAUGCACUCACCGGUCAACCAGAGCCCGCAAAACGUUUCUUCGGCGAACGCUUCCCCACCCAGGAUACCGGAAAUUCCUCCCUUCCGGCCGCGCAUCAAAUCAAAGGAGUGGAUGCCCAACAUCGAGCACACCGAACACCAUCUCACGAUUGGGCCUAGUGGAGGUGCCGAGUGGGCGAAACGUUUGAAGGCGGCAGACCCUUCAAUUAUACACAGAAGCACCGACUGUAUUGUAGCGAAGCAACAAGAACUGGCGACGGGGUCCGAUUCGGAGCUGCUAAAAGGGGCACCCUCGUGGAGCAACAUGGCCCCGAAACCUGCCAUCGAGCAACGCGGAACUAGCACAACUGCACCUCCCGUAAAGGCACAAACUGAAGAGGAAGCAAAAGUCGCAGCUGAACUGGCCGCCAAGAAAUCACGACUUAAGCAAAGUCUGGUGAAACGGGCCCGUUCGGUGGCAAUAUUCUCCUUAAAGUUGAAAGAACAACGAGCAAAGCGCGCCGAAAGAGCUGCACAAGAAGCGAGAGACGCACUUCCAGCACCACCGCCCGGUGGCGAACUGUCGCUGAUUCCCAUCGAGCAACUGAUUCAAGUUGACGACGUUCUGAACCAGCGCAAUCAAACGCACUCUAGCGGUAGCACUAGCACCAAUAUCAAUAGCAACAAUGGCUCAGGAAGUACGUAAGACCCAAGCAUGCUUUACGGCGGGUGACGGGUGACAUACACAAUGACGAGGUAAUCCUCUCUGUACAGCAUAUGAAAAUAGCAACACACUAGUUCGUUACAUUGACUAAUCCUUAGAAUCAGGUAAAAUAAUAAUAUUGUUGAAGGCAAAAGCAUCAGAAGAGAAUCGAAUAUGUACAUUGUAAAAGCUAACAUAGGAAGCGAACCAUUUGAGAGCCAUUUUAAUCGUAGAAAUUUGCAGAAGUGAUUCAAUGUUUAGGAAUUUUACAGUAGCGGGAAAAGCAUCAGGAAAAGGGCAGUUUUAAAAGUAAGAACCUGAGCGAACGAGACAAGUAUCUAUGUAGACACAAGUAGAAGGAACCAAGGGUUUUAGGAAUGGAGUGUAAUAUCAGAAGUAGGGGUCGUUCGUGAUGUGGUGUUGGGUGCUUCUCGACAGUAUUAUAAUUGGUAGGAAGGACGAGGAAGAGGUCUAAUAGAACAUAAACAGAAAAAAAUAUAAAACACGGGUGCGAUUGUAGUUUUGGUAAAACUUUUACAAAAUUGGUUGACAAACAAAAGGGUACGAGAGGACUGAGCGGUACCGAACUCCACGGCCAAAAGUGAAUUAGAGACAGAUGUUCUAAAGUAUUUAGUGCUUUGGCAAAAGCGCCUCAAUGAAUUGUGAAUAUAAUUAGGAACUGAUAGCAAAGAGCGUAAGAGGUUGAAACAACGAGUUUUAUGUUAGUGAUGAUGUCAGUAUUUAACCAUUUCGUUCUAAUGUGGUGGCAUAGGUUAUCUAGGACUGUUCACGAUUCUUCCGUCAUACUCUGCUUGUUCUAUAACUGGUGGAAAAAAUGUGGUGUGGCCCCAUUCGAAUAUUACGAAACUCAACAGUGGGUGAAGUUGUCCUAUCAUCGCAUUACAUGUCAUGUAUUUGGUUUUGAAAGAGUUCGUGGCGAGAGGAUGGGGAGACCAUUUUAUUGGAUUACGUAAUAUUAGAACGAACCCUAAACACUAAAUUUGGAGAUUUUAAAAUUUGUUUAAUAACAAUUUUUAGGAGUUCUCCAAUAGAUUUAUACAGCUUGAGAACUACGUUUUCCAUACACUAAAGCCAAAGAAGGUAUUCUAUUAGGACAUACAAAGUUCUGAACUCUGGAUAUAUUAAAUGCAUUGACAUUUUAUUAUUUAUAAUCGUUAUUUUCACUCAUAUUCUCGAUUUUGUUCGAAAGUUUUUAAACAAUUUAUGUUUUGUAUGAAAAAUACGGUUUGAACUAAAACAAGAAUAUGGGUGAUGAGUUAGAGCAUUUCCAGACCAAACAGAAAAUGAAUUUCAGACUCGAACUUCUUCAUUUCUAUCUCAUUCUUAGGUUUGAUCUCAUCAUAGGUGGAUACAUUCAGGUUUUCCUCUGGCGUGCAUAGUGAGGAUGAAGGCAAGGGAGGGAUAAACUAAUAAAAUUACACUAGCAAACUAAUCCACAUAACGCGAGUUCUUCGUGGUGCGUUAUGGUGUAAGAUCUACCACCGAAUCAUAGUCGACUACUAGAGGAACAGGAUUUUGCAGUAACCAAAGGAACAAAACUCUGGAAACAAGAAAACAAUGCCUUAAGCAAGCACCACACAGGCAAAAUAUUGUCAAUACUAAAAAGUAUCAUAUUGAUGAGUAUAUUGACGCAAAAUCAAAAAAGUUUGAUUUCAUGUUUCAAUAUUUUCCCUCAUUUUCCUCUUCUGUUUGACUACAGCAGCAGAUGUGGCCUGUUCUUUGGCAUCUUUUGUCAAGGUGGUUGUGAUUUGAUUCGAAAUAUGCCAGCGGCUAAAACAUUGUUAGUGAGGAGCGACUCAGUAUUGAUUACCUCCCGAGCAUAUUGUUGAAAAUAUUGACAUGAACAUAUUGAUGGAAAUAUUGACGAAACUUCUGUCAAGUGGGGCGCUUUUUGGACUUCUAUGUGAUUCCUAAUUUUCUAUUCGUUGUUCUCUAGUUUGAAGUGGCUAAGACUAGGGUUCUGAUGUAUGGUCAAUAUCGGUGUCAUUGCUUGAUUUUGACUAACAAAGGGGCGCGCCUUUGGAGGGUGCUCUAGGUAUUAGAAGGGUAUUGAGCACAGGCCAAAUAGCAAAAAAUAAAUGAAUUUCAGACUCGAAUUUCUCCGAUUUGUAUGCAACUUAGUAUAAUUGCUUUUUAUGGUCAUUCAUUCACAUUAGAGCAAAAGAUCGGCCAAUUUGAAUCUUGCAUACAAAAAUUUCGAAGGAAAGCAUUUUUUGAAAAUGUUUCAUUAGCAGCCAAAAAUAUCCAUUUGUAUUGUCCAGAUGACGAAAAAUUGAAGAACAGGAGAUUUCUAUCAAUGGGCCCAAUCUUUAGAUCCAUAGGUUAACAUUAAAGCCAUAUCCCCUACCAUAAUAGAUCAAACUACUGAUCGUAGUGGGUUUAUGUCACGAGCAUGGAGGACAAACUGCAUUUUUCGUCAAGCCAAUUCGAUGGUUUGUUUACAUGCAUUAUUUGUUGAAAACCUAGGAUGAAGUACAAUGAAUUAUUUUUGAUUGAAGAUUUUAGAAAAUUGUUUUUGCUAAUUUAAAAAAAAAUGCAGUUUCGGUUCCCCGAGGUAAAUUUGAAUAAUUUUAAUAUUGAUUGACUGCAAUACUUCUAUUCAUUUCUUUAUACCGAGAGAGUAAAAGUUGGUUCGAUUUAAGAGUCCAAAAAUAGCUCGAUUUUAGAGCCG